AUGGAAUUACAACCUUUGAAUCAAUCGGGAACAUCCAUUUCAAACUCGACAUCAUCCGAUAAUCAAAAUCAAAAUCAUAACAAUGAUAUUAAUAAUAAUAAUAGUACAAUUAUUUUAGAUAAUAAUAAUAGUAAAAAUAAUAACUGUAGUAGUAGUAGUAUAACUAAUAGUUGUAUGAAUUCACCACCUGUUUCCUCUUCGCAUGUGUGUACGACUUCAACUUCAACUUCAUCUCUAUCUUCACCUUCACAACAAGCACAACAACCACAGCAGAAUGUCAGUACACUUAUAAUGCCAACUGGUAGCGAUACAAUACAAAGAACCAUUGAGAAAGAUAUAAUGCUAUCACUUGGUAAGCAUGUUGUUGUGACCUCCACAGUUAGCAAUCCAGCUCUAAAGUCAUUCUCUGAAAUCAUUGAGAAGAAAGAUUGCCAAAACUCAAGCAUUCACUAUUGGAUAGAGUUACAAUCAUUGAAUGAAGAUGAAAUAACAGAGAUAUGUGAAUUGCUUGGUGUUCAUAGCUUGACAAUCAGUGAUAUCAAUAAACGUGAAUAUGAUAUUUACGAUCCACCAGAAACCACUGAUCAGUACAUCACAGGUGAUGAGAAUGAUCAAAAACGUUCAGGAUCACGUCUAUCGAAUGCUCCAGAAACUGACACUCUCGCAGCGUCUGCUGGCCAACAUCAACAACAUCUACAUGGCGAGAAUGUCGCUCGAGGUAUCGCAGUCGUCCAACCUGGUGAACCGAAGCAUGCGUAA